AUGAGGGACACAACGCUCUCCAAAUCAAGGCUCACAUCCCUGUAUUCAGACUUCAGAAAACUGAAGGAUUUAAAUCCUGAGGGUUACGAGGCGAAUGUGAGGUACUGGAGACACCUAUUGCUGGAUGAAGUUUUUAGUGAUAAAUUGAUCUGCCAAUGUGGAAGUGAACUUUUGAAAGAGCUUUCAGACAAAGAGUUAGGACCUCCUAAAUGUUUGGACACUGCAUUAGAUAGCCUUAUUUCCGAUGGCCUCUUAAUAGCUAAAGAACGUUUUAAGCGCAAUAACAAUAGCAAGAUUUUGAAGGCUUUCAGUUGGACUAUAGGGUAUAUUCUUGCCGGCCGCUCACAAGCUACCACACGCACUUCAGAAGGAGCCAAUUAUUUGAGAGACGCUGAUUUCGUAGUUCUUCCAACCACAAAGAGGAAAAGCCUUCAGGCCGAACAGCGCAUGAGGUCCUCUAUUUGCAAGAAAGCUAUAAGGUAUUCAGACCUUAUCUUCUCAAAGCUCGAAUUCUGCAAGAUAGUUGGUAUGGAAGAGAACCUGCAGGGCUGGAAUGAGUUUGAGAUAGUUUUGAUGUACAUGGAAACGUACAUGGGUGUUAUUGUAACAGAUUGUAAUACUGUCAAGGUCUGUACGAGGGACAUGGCACCUUUACUCGCUAAGUUUGACUUUAACUUUAUAUCCGAAAACGAUAGAAACAUUGCAUCAGUUAAAGAAACAUACUCUAUCUUGCAAUUUCAGGUUUCCAUGCUUGAAGAUCGAAUUCGUGAAAGAAAGCAAGUUCUCGCUGAAUGUAUCAAAUCUGAUAAGCCCAAGGACCUUCAGAGAUUACAUUUGCGAGCUAAGAAGCUUCUAGAAAGAAACCUAACAACUGCCUGCAGAAACUUACAAAAUAUUGAAACACUUAAAAGCGAUAUAGAGAUGUCGCUCGACAACGUCAACUUGAGGAACACAUUAUUGGCCUCUCGAGACGUAAUGUCCAAUGUUUCUGCCGAACUCGGGGAUACUGAAAGUGUCGAAAAACUGCUCGAUGAAAUCAGCUUAGAAAGAUCGAAGAAUGAAGAGAUUAGUGAUAUUCUUGCUGGUAAGCUUGACGAUCAAAAUGAUGAACAGUUGAAUGAGGAGUUGGAGGAGCUAGACGCAGAAGUAAAGAAAGAGCAAGAGGUGACGCGAGAGCUCUCAAAACUUAAGAUAAGCUCAUACCAGGGAUUCGGGCCUGAGGAAGUUGCACUGGUGGCCGGAAGAGAGUCGCCAGUUGAAGAGGAAUCGAGGGCAGAUCUGGGACCCUCGGAAAGCAAAAACAAAGAGCCUAUUUUGUCAACAUAA